UUAGAUGUGCUAGUGCUUGACUUACAGAAUGACAUCAGCAGAAAGCAUUUGUCACACUCUAAUCAAUGUACCGUCUGUUACUGAUUCGGAGCCAUCUAAUGAAUCACAAUUAAAAGCAGAUAUCGAACAUGGCGAUAUUCGUACUAAAACAGACGCUUUGAAGCGCGUCAUAUUAAUGACAUUGAAUGGAGAAAAACUUCAUGGAUUAUUGAUGACAAUCAUCAAAUACUUGCUGCCUUCUGAAGAUCAUACUAUCAAGAAAUUAUUGUUGAUAUUUUGGGAAAUAUGGCCCAAGACGGACAACGAUGGAAAAUUGAGGCCUGAGAUGAUUUUAGUUUGUGAUGCUUAUAGAAAGGAUUUGCAACAUCCCAAUGAGUUCAUUCGAGGUUCUACACUUCGUUUCUUGUGUAAACUUCGUCAGGCAGAACUGCUUGAACCACUAAUGCCUGCUAUUCGUGCCUGUCUUGAACACAGACAUAGCUAUGUAAGAAGAAAUGCAGUUCUUGCCAUUUAUACUAUAUUCAGGAAAUUUGAAAAUUUGAUUCCUGAUGCUCCAGAACUUAUUCAUGAGUUUCUGGAAGGAGAAAAAGAUGCUUCGUGUAAACGAAACGCAUUCAUGAUGUUGAUUCAUGCUGAUCAAGAACGAGCUUUGGAUUACUUGAGCACUUGUAUUGACCAAGUGAAUACAUUCAAUGAUAUUCUGCAGCUUGUUAUCGUUGAACUUGUUUACAAAGUUUGUCAUGCAAAUCCAGGAGAAAGAGCAAGAUUUAUUCGAUGCAUAUAUAAUCUAUUGCAGUCAUCUAGCCCAGCUGUUCGUUAUGAAGCUGCAGGAACUUUGGUCACUUUGUCCAGUGCCCCAACCGCUGUCCGUGCUGCCGCCCAAUGCUACGUUGAGCUAAUUGUGAAAGAAGCUGACAACAAUGUCAAACUUAUUGUGCUGGAUAGAUUGAUUGAAUUGAGAGAUCACCCCAGUCAUGAAAAAGUUCUUCAGGAACUUGUGAUGGACAUUCUUCGUGCUCUUUCCUCACCUGAUCUUGAGGUCCGUGAAAAAACUUUGAAUCUGGCUCUGGAUCUUGUGUCAUCCAGAAAUGUGGAAGAUCUCGUUAAAUUCUUGGAAAAAGAGAUUUCAAAAUCGACCAGUGCUCAAGGACAUGAUGAUACUGAUAAAUACAGACAGUUAUUAGUUCGGGCCAUGCAUCAAUGUACCAUCAAGUUUCCAGAUACUUCUUCUGUUGUUAUUCCAGUGUUGAUGGAGUUUCUCAGUGACAGCAAUGAACUUGCGGCUGGUGAUGUUCUUGUAUUUGUUAGAGAAGCUGUUCAAAGAUACGAUCAACAUAAAUCUCUCAUACUCGAUAAGCUACUCGAAGUAUUCUCUUCUAUCAGGAAUUUGAAAAUAAUGCGUGGUGUGUUGUGGAUCUUGGGUGAAUAUUGUGAUGGAAUCGAAAGGAUUCUGCAUUUCAUGGAUGACGUUAGAAAAUGCGUCGGUGAACUUCCAAUCGUUGAAAAUGAAUUGAAAUUGGCUGCUGGAGAAAUGCCUGAAGAAAAAUCAGAGGAAAAAUCAACUAAUGAUAAGAAAAAGGAAAAACAAAAGAAGCAGAAAGUUACAGAGAUGGGAACAUAUGCUACUCAGUCAGCACUCAGUGUCGCAGUCAGACCAAAAUCGAAGGAUGAGCAACGACCACCGUUGCUCAAUUUUUUCAUGAAUGGGGAUUUUUCUCUCUCGUCCUCGCUUGCUACUGCCCUCACUAAACUUGCUUUGAGAUUUCGAGAGGUUUGCUCUGAUCCUAGGAAACAAAAUUCAUUCAAUGCUCAAUGCAUGUUGAUAUUGUCGAGUGUGUUACAUCUCGGUAAAUCUGGACUUCCUACUAAAUCUAUCACUGACGAUGAUGAAUCAAGAAUUACACUUUGUUUGAAGGUGUUGGCGGAUUGUUUGCCACUCAUGACUGAAAUAUUUAACGAACGUUGUCGUGAAUCACUUUCCUCUCUACUUGCUGUACGUUCUGCAGAAGAAGCUCAAAAACAGAAAGCCGCUGCUAAGAAUAGAAGUGCUCUUACUUCUGUGCAGCCCGAUGAUCCGAUCAAGUUCCUUCAACUUCUUGAAAAGACUGAAUCAGGAACAUUAGAAGAUCAAUUUGAAUUAAGUUUAAGCGCAGCUGUUGGUUCUGCAGCUCAGAAGAAAGAAGCCAGGGAUCCUCUUGCUUCAAAAUUAAACAAGGUCACCCAGUUGACAGGCUUUUCAGAUCCAGUAUAUGCAGAAGCAUACGUUCAUAUUAAUCAAUACGAUAUUGUAUUGGAUGUGCUGGUUGUUAACCAAACUACAGAUACUUUGCAAAACUGCACAUUGGAGCUUGCUACUCUAGGCGAUUUAAAACUUGUUGAAAAACCAAGUCCUCUCACACUUGCUCCUCAUGAUUUUGCCAACAUUAAAGCAAGUGUAAAGGUUGCUUCCACAGAGAAUGGAAUCAUUUUUGGCAACAUCGUUUAUGAUGUAUCGGGAGCUGGUAGUGACAGAAAUUGUGUUGUGUUGAAUGAUAUUCAUAUCGAUAUCAUGGAUUACAUUACACCUGCUUCAUGCUCAGAUUCUGAAUUUAGGCAAAUGUGGGCUGAAUUUGAAUGGGAAAACAAAGUUACAGUCAAUACAAAUCUAUCGAGUCUAAAUGAUUUCCUCAGCCAUAUAAUCACAUCUACCAAUAUGAAAUGUCUUACACCAGAAAAGGUUCUUGGAGGUGAUUGUGGAUUCCUGGCAGCUAAUUUAUUUGCAAAAUCGAUAUUCGGUGAAUGUGCUUUGGCUAAUGUUAGUAUUGAGAAACCUUCAGAUAAAGAACCAGAUCAUCCAGUGCAAGGACAUAUCAGGAUUCGUGCUAAAAGUCAGGGGAUGGCUCUAAGUUUAGGUGACAAGAUAAACUUGACUCAAAAGAAGACCAAGAAAUAACACAGGUCUAUAUUUGGAAAUAUUUUUUCAUGUAGAUGACUGAUUUUGGAGAAGUAAGCGCAAUAAAAGGCAAUUAUCAAAUAAUACUGAAAAGGACAUUUUUGAAUUUAUUUAGUUCGUUUUUUCAGAUUCAGACAAAAUCAUAUUCAACCUCCCAAAAAAUCUAAUUACGCCGUUCUUACUAAUUACGCCGUUCUUACAACUAAUUUGGGCCACAGGUGACAUUCACGUAUAUAUGCUUAAUAUUGAAAUAUAUACCGAGAAAAAAAAACAUGUGCAUUGCCUCAUUAGUCAGCUAUUAUGUUUAAUGAAAUAUGGUUACCGAUCUGAUACUUGGCGAUUUACUACAUAUUUACUAGAUGUAUAAAUAAUUGUCACUGUAAGGUGACUAUGCUAUACUAUAUAAUAAAAAUGCGUGAAUUUGAGAAAAAAAUUCAAGUAUUGUUAUCUUUAGUACUGAAAAUAUAUGUUUCAGCUUCUGAAUCUUCAGUAAGAUCCUUGUUAUUCAACACACGCUCAGUGAUUGUUCUGUAGGACAUUGAGAAUUAGAAACUGCAUAGGUUGUUAGUCGUAUUGAGCCCAUUUCCAAUAGUUUUGUACAUCCAAUUGCCAAAGCUUAUGGAUGCAUCAUAUAAAUCUGUUGAAUAUGGUAGUUUCCUCAGCCUACCUUCUGCGAUAUAAUCCAAGUCAGUUUCUAGAUAUUCUGGAAGUUUUAAAAUCCUCAAUGGAUCCAUGGAUUGUGCUUUGGACUUGAAUGGUCUAUUCCGUUUAUUCUGUGUUUAUAUAAAUCUUAUGCCAAGUCGUAUCUUGUAGUCCCAAGUUGUGGAUAAUUCUCCAAUUAAUAUUUUUGCUUUUUGAAUUUCUAUAACUUGAAAUCAUUUGGAAUAUAUAUAUAUUUAAAGCAUUCCAUUAUAGUUCCUUAACUUCCAAAUCAGAGCGGGCUUGUUUAUGUUUUCUGUCCUUUGUAUCUGUAGCACUGGGACAAUAGAAAUAUCAAUAUACUAUAUCACUUAGAUGGCUUUCACAAAUUGUCCGUAUAUUUGAAUAUUGCUUUCUUGUUGCAUAUGCCAAUUCUGUUUAAGUAAGGUUUAUCAUGAUGAUUGACGACGAAAGAAAAAACAUAGUUCUGCUCGAUGGUGGCAGUACCAGAUUACCAAAUAACAUAAAAUUCAUCUUUGUAUUUUGUAAGCAAUUAAGACUGUGUAGAAAAAUGAACAUUUAGAGUGUUCACGACUCCUCUUGGUGUAGUUUGAUAGUCACCAUCUGUCCAUAUACAACCUUGCUUACAAUAGCUAAACUGUCUAAUUUGCUGUAGGUAGAUUUCUUUGCAUUGUAUGGUUAUUACAUUGUUCGAUUUCAUGUUGAUAUUAUUUAUCGCUUUAUUUGAAAGUCCGAGGAAGUUGUGAAUGUAAAAAAAAUAAAUGAAUCAUGCACUUGGGUA